AUGUAUGGAAAUCGAUUUCUUUUGAAUGUAAUAUAUUUUUCUUUUCAGGUUAAUCUGUUGGAUGGAAAACGAAGUUUGAAUGUUAAUAUAUUCUUAAAGCAAUUCCGUAGCUCAAAUGAUGAAAUAAUCAACAUUUUAAAACGAGGGGCUCACGAUGAAAUCGGAGCAGAGAAGCUGCGAGGGCUUUUAAAAAUUCUUCCCGAAUCUGACGAAAUCGAACUUUUACGAGGUUAUAAUGGUGACCGAACUAAACUAGGAAACGCUGAAAAGUUCUUGCUGCAGCUGAUAGAACUGCCAAAUUAUAAACUCCGUUGUGAAGGAAUGUUACUCAAAGAGGAGUUUGCUUCAAAUAUGGCUUUCUUGGAACCAGCUAUUGAAAAUAUAAUUUCCGCAGUUGAAGAACUUAAGCAUUGUCAAGAAUUACAUGAAGUUCUCUACAUGCUUUUGGUUGCUGGUAAUUUUCUGAACUCGGGUGGUUACGCUGGCGAUGCAGCAGGAUUCAAGAUGAUGUCUUUACUGAAAGUCGCUGAAACUAGAGCCAACAAACCAGGAAUGAAUCUUAUUCAUUAUGUUGCUCAAGAAGCUGAAAAGAAAUUUCCGAACUUGCUCGAAUUUCCUGACUUUUUGUCUAAUUUGGAAGAAGCAUCAAAACUUUCCAUUGACAAUUUAAAAACAGAAAUAGCAAACUUGAGUAGCAAAGUAUCUAAAAUUUCUCAGCAAGUGUCUUUGGCUGGGGAAGAUGUUAAAAUGCAAAUGGAAGAAUUUCUGCAGUUCGCCACGAGAGAGACAAUGGCUGUUCAAAAGGAAAUCGACAGCUUAGAAAAAGUUCGUGAGGAUAUGGCUGAAUUUCUUUGUGAAGAUCUCCAGUCAUUCAAACUUGAAGAAUGCUUCAAAAUAUUUCAGAGUUUCUGCCAAAAGUUCAAAUCUGCAAUUGAGGAAAAUGAGAAACGUGGCCAACAAGAAAAAAGAGCAGAGGCUAGGAGAAAACAGAGAGAAGAACAACUAGCGCUUAAAAAGAAAAAUUCUUCAGAAAACCGACCUUCCUCAUUCUCCGGUAGUGAAAGUGAUAACAUAAUAGAUAUGCUUCUCGGUGAUAUUAGAGGAGGAUUCAAUCGUUUUGGAGCCAACGGUAGUUUCAAAUCUGCGCGUACAACAGCUAAGCCGAAGCGAACAUCAGCUGAUGGAACAGCGAUUCCUGGUGAACUCAGUCGUAUGAACAGCCUCACUUCAAGUGUUCCUUCCGAAGAAGAUGCCACAGCAUCACCUAGGAUUAUUCGGCGACGAAUUGGAUCAUCAAAUUCGAUUGCUAAUGGGUCUGGUGGAGACGUAGAUAACAUCGACACUCAGUCCCCAGAUGUGACACCGAAUGGGACCCUACAUCGACGUAGAAGUCGAUUAUCUUCAGAAGACAGAGAAGAUAACUUAAUAGAUUUCUUAAGGCAGACAGCUGAAAAUGAUUCUCUAAGAGGAGACAAAAGUAAGGUACCUGACAGUGGAUCUUUAGAUAGAUCGUGGAUUAGACGGUCAUCAAGAAGAAGAAGACCUGAAAUGUUAGCAGCGGAAUUAAAUGAAAGAGAAAGGCCUGCAUCUCCAAACCCAUCACCCUUAUUAGAAAGAAGAUCUGUUGCAUUAGAAGCAGAAGGCAGCAAACCAAAGCAGUGGCGCCUCAAAAUAGAGGAAUGGCUACAAGAAAAUGAAAAAGAACAAGAAAGAGAAAAGAAACUCAGAGAAAAAAUUGCAUUGGAACGUUGUAAAGGUAAAGAAGCUGAACAUCGAGAAUCAGAUUCAUCCUCGAAAAUUUUGGAUAACAGUAAUGAAUGGAAAUCUGCUAAGAAUCUAGAGACGCUGCAUGAGGUGAAAACCGACUCGGAACUCUAUGCUAACAAAAUCAAAGAAACCAUGGCAAAUGGAAAUAUUGCUCAAUCUUCGGAGACCCUUGAAGGAAUUCCGCUUAAAGACAAAUCCAAAUGGCGAAAAAGUAAUCUUAAUGUCGCUAAUAGUAGCGAAUCUAUUGAUGAUGAGCGCAGAAGAAACAGAAGUAGAAAGACUGUUUCCGAUCCAGAAGUUGACGAUACUAUAAGCUUCUAUAUCAGAAGUACUGAGAGCGUUGAUGUUGAAAACUCAAAUUCAAACGCCAGUAAAGAUAAAAUCACGACUAUUAACGACGCUUACGUUAAGAAGCCAUUAUCAUUAUCAGGUAGUUCAAGAAGUCUCGAAUCAGAUAAUUUUAAAGCUGAUCAACAGAAAUAUAAAGAAAGACCUCCAACACUUUCGAAUUUUGAUGAAUCCUCAAAAAAGUUAAAUUCUCAAACAGAAAAUCUGAAAACGUCUGAUAAAACAAAGCAAAUGCAUUUCCCAGCUCUAGAUAAUGUACAAAACAACGCUCUUGAAAAGAAUGAAACAGGAGUUUCAAUAGGUAGAAGCCGAUUUUAUCAAAGUGCAAGGGAAUUGCCUCUUAACAAAGCAGAAAAAACACUAAGCAAAAGCGAAGUGACAGAUGAUCUUGCCCUGGAGCAAAAAGAAAUAAAUAAGCCUAAGAAAAUUUAUUCUACAGAUUUUUCAGAAAAAUCUGUCACAAAUGAAGAAUCAAAAACUAGCUCUCCCGAAAUAGACAAUGAAGGUAAUUUUGACAGAUUUUCAUUCAUGAGAAAAACAACACGACGAACCAAAUCACGUCCAAAAAUUAUAGAAAGUGAUUUUAAAAAAUCCGAAGAACACUUAGAUAACACACAACAGUGUAAUAAAAUUUCAGAAAUUGAAAAGGAAGCAGAACACUCGCAGUUUUCUCAGAUUCAGCUAGUUAAAAAAUCGGAUUAUGAGGCAAAACGUAUUGAAGAUGCUUCGCAAGGUUCCAGUCCGUCACUGAAGGACAUAGGAAAAUUAAACAGUGAAAAGAAUAGAAAUCACAUCAACACGUUAACGAAAAAUAUAACAGAGAAUGUAAAAAUUGCAGAAAAUGCUGAUGAUCAGAAGAAGAGAGAUAAAUCAACUUCCCUUAAAGCAAGGCUAUCGAAAAGAUUAUUAUCCUUGACAGAAAAUCUAAAAGCUGUCUCAAAACCUUCAGAAUCUACAGAGAUAAAUGCAUCUGUAACUCUAGGUCCCAAAUCUGCAGUUGAAGAUAAGAAAUUCCACUUAAUGGAAGACUCUCCUUGUCCAAGAAUUGAAAAAGCGUUAUCUGAAAGAAGAGCAAGCUUAAAAGAAGAGAAACCAAAUCCAAUAAUGGAGCACAGAGAGAAAGUUUUGUCCCGCCCGAGGCAUGAUAUGUUACAAAUACCUCUUAGAAGUAAACUACCUCAAACAACUGAAGACUGUCCUCCAUUAGUUAUAGCUAAACCUAAAUUACUAAAAGAGAGUUACAUAGCCGAUUCAAAUAAUAUUAAAAUAGUUCAUGCUACACCUCUUAAUCAUGAUGUCAAAGCUUUCGAAGCCUAUCCUGCACAGAAUAAGUCUAAAGAAGAACCGGAAAAAGAUGAAGGUUUCGAAGAAACGCAGUCACAGCUUUCUGAGGUUGCAUCUCAAGAGGCAGGUUCAAAUUAUGACACAGACUUAGCAGAUUCUCCUAGAAGUGUUCGACAAACUAAAGAUUUGAAUCAGAAAGAUGCACAUCAUCUAGUGCAAACAACUGCUAAGCCAGAGAUUCCUUCCCUUGAACAUUACCCAAAGCUUGAUAAAAAUACUACAGAUGACAUCAAACUGACUGAACAUAAAUUGUCAACCAAUACCCUUAAGAGAGAAGUAGAUGAGAAAAAGCAGCCUGCUUCUAGAUUAUUCACCGCCUCAAAACCAUCAUCAAUUACUAGAGGAAGAGAACCAAGAACAUCACCAAGCACUUCUAAAAAAAUUGCUCCUGUAAAAUCUAUUGCUGAUAAAGAAAAUGCAAAGCAAGCUUCACAAGCAGCUAAGAGUUCUGUUCAAAACAGGAGCUCUAUCAUAAGGUCACGCAAUCCCAGCAACAUUCGAUCCAAUUUAAGAACUUCACGAGAUAGUGUAUCUAGUGCAAGCAGUAGGACUGGAAAAAGUCCUAGUUUAAGAGGUUCACAAGCAAGUUUAAAUGAAGCAAGUCCUAAAAUUGGACGCAGAGUUGCAGCAUAUACAAAAGCAAUAAAAUCGAUGACAAAUAAUUUACGUGGUACAUCAAACAAACAAGUAGAAAACUAUGAUGUAACUCAAUCUAUGCCUCCUACGCCAUCAGAGGAAAAUAAAUCGUUUAUUUCUGGUUUAAAUUUAUCAGAAAAUGCGAAAAAAACGCGCUCAAAUUCAUCUGUAUAUAGUCCGCGGUCCCAAAGUAGGCGUUCUAGUGAAAAAUCUUUAAAUAUAAGCCUUGGAACAUCCAGCAGAAGAGGAAGUGACAAAUCGUUAUCUAGAAGGUCUAGUGAAAGAAGUUUGGAUUUGUCGAGGAAAUCAAGUGAGAUAUCAAUUGUUACUGUGAAGAAUGUGAACAGAAGAGGCUCCGCAUCUUUAACAGGACGCUCGAAACCCAUGUCGACAAUUUCUCGCCUUACAGAAACCAGAGUUAGACCUAGCCGUCCAAAAAGCCCCAUUCAGCCAAGGCCAUUACGUGCAUCUACACCUAUUAACAAACAAGUUCUAAGAUCAAACUCUAGUGCAAAAGCAAUGCCAUCAUCUAUAAAGCCUAGUUUGAUAGACAGGAGAAGAUCUAUUGAUAAAUCAUCUUGUGGAUUUAUGAAGGCUACCUCUGCAUCAUCUGCAAAAUCAUCACCUUCAAAAUACAUUCAAGAACAAAGCAUGCAGAAACUUCAAGCAAAAGCUAUAGCUCUGGGAAAAGUUGAACCAUCGUUGAACAGGGUAAAACAAAGAUAUUGAUAUUUCUAAAAAAAUUUUAUGUAUGCCAUGUUUAAUGCUGAAGGAAAGAAACAAACCCAUUCCAGCAAAAAGAAGUGACUACAGACUGAACAACUUUGAUGAAACAUAGUGUGUUUCAAUGCAGUUCAAUGCAGAAAGGUAUUUUUAAGUUCAUUUAUACUCAUAAGAACUGUGUUAAGUUUUUCUUUUUAAUCACAUUAGAAAAUUGUGUAUACUGAAAGGAAUGUAAUAAGCCACCUCCAAAUUCAUUGAAAAGCUAGAAAAAGACUGCAUUUGAUUUUCAUUUGGCUGUGUACAGCAAAAUACUGAACAAAGGUUUUGAUACGAAUAUGACCUUGUUCUUCGAUAAAUAUGAAAUCCCCAUUGUUUUAUACCCAAGAGUAUAUCUUGGUGAUUAAAAGUUUCCUGAGUGUCUAUGUUCCAUGAUUAAUUUUAAAUACUAUGCAUUGAGCCCUCUGUUUAAACAAGUGAAUUCAGUCACUUCAACACACACAAGCUGGAUGCUUUACAGAAGUGCAAUCUGUAUCUGACAGCAUGAUCUAAAUAAUUGUAAAAGUGUUCACAAAUCAAUAUCGCAUGAUUAUUAUGCAUGUUCAAAUUUAAUUUUUCAAAAAGUUCAUCCGUCCAUAUGUUUGAAACUCUGAAAAAUAUUUUUAUACAGAUUCAUAAUUGAUACAUGUUUGCAAAAAAGACUUCACUAGAACAUUUUGUAAAUUUGAGACAAUCUUAUUUCUCUUCUUACAAAAUACAUUAACUAUUAGUGCCAAAUGUUUUUAUAAAUGGAAUGUGAUAAGCUGGUCACAUGGAAUAUGCAUGUUUCCUCAGAUUCUGUAAUGUAGUAAAACAUAUACUGCAGUUUUAUUAAAAAAUGUCUGUUCAUGUCAUGGAGAGAUAAAUCAUGUAAAAUACGUUUUCCAAAGAGAAUUCAACCCAAUCAUUGUAAUUAUAAAGCACAUAUCUCCAAAUAUAUUUCUCAUAUAAUAGUUUCAGAGAUACAUUAAAAAAUCUUAAUUAUAUAAAUUUGUAUAUUAUAUUGAAAUGUUAAAUUAAAAUUUCAACCAAAUAUUUUUUGGGGAGGCAGGGGAUCUAUUACACUGCAUUUAAAGAUGCACAAUGAAAGCUGAGUAAUAAUACUUUAUGGAUAUACUGAAAUUCUUAAAUGUUAGAGAAAGGUUUCAAGGCUAGAAAAUAUGAAGUUAAAAACUGUGUUUUUGUCAUUAUAUGUAGAACAUAAAUCCUUUGCCUUAAUUUGAAUUGUGUAUUCAUUAUUCCAAUGAUUGUGAAAUCUAAGAGGUCCAUAGUGUCUCGUAAAUACAAAAAGUUUUAUUUUCAACUAAAGAAAUGCAAUAUAUGUGUAGCAAUACAUUUAUUUCUAAAGAAUAUUUUUUAAACAUGUAUCAAUAGGCAUGUUCAUUUGUAAGAAGUAUAAAUUUUCAUUCUGAAAUAAAAUCUCUUUCUUACUAUACA